AUGUCCCGCACAGCUUCAAAUCCAGGCGAUAGCCCCGCACAUAUGAAUGUGCGAGCUCAAAGUCCUUCUCCAUCACCGCGUUCUGCAUCCACGUCGCUCCAAGCUGCUGCUGCAGUCAACGCGGGCCUUCAGCAAGAAGAAAAUACAAGGCGUGGUUCUACAAGCCGGCAUCGACAAGCUUCGACAGCUUCACACUCAGGCAGAAGACGAUCAACAGUUCUAAAUGCUUUACAAAUGAAUGAUCCAACCUUACCACCACAAGGGGAAAUCGUUAGUGAAAGCCAAAAUCGUACAGCCAGCCCCAUGUCACUCACAGGGUCACCUAUCACUGCCAGUGGUGAUCAUCGACAUUAUCGCGCACCUAGUCUUGGCGAGAUUCAUCAGGAAUUGGAACAAGAACAAGAAGCUCAAGUGAAUCGACUUUUGCAUAUGAUUCGAACCCAACAACAACAACUCCACCAAUUACAAGCUGCCAGUGGUCAAGCGACAGGUUCUGUUGCCAUAGAUGAAUCUACUCCGACAUCUGAGCGGUCUCUAUCAUUUUCGACACAAAGCAUCCCUCCAAAUGUUACCUCAGCAGUCCAGGCUCCCCGAUCACCCGUUACUGCAAUGCAUCCUCGAACUUCUUUCGAUGUUGCACGAGAGAAUUUAAACCGGCGAUCUAGAACACCAAGUCGAACUGCAUCUCCUAGGUUGAGGUCUACAUCUAUAAGCAAUGAAGGGGGCGAUGCAUGGAAUUUAGGCGGUCGUGACGAAAGUGCAUAUUAUCAAGCCGAAACCCAAACAAUGAUUCGAGAGAAUCAAAUGUUGCGUCAAAGAAUUCGGGAAUUGGAGCGGCAAGUUAGUGAACAACAUGCAAAUUCCUCCAUAACACACGAACCUGCCUUGAGCUCCCAUCUAGCAUCCUCCACCUCGUUUUCUGAAGAACCAACAUCACUUGUUGCGCCAACAGAGGAGCCAAAACAAGAUUGA